AUGAUGAAUCAACAGUACGAAGUUCUUCUCACGCCACUCUUCAUAUAUAUGCGUGUUCUUGGACUAACUAACUAUACGGAUAAUCCCGUAUUGCGUUAUCCUCUUAUGAUUUACAACAUUGUCAUAAUUAUAAUCAUGAACAGUUACUCUCUUUUAAUAGUAUCUGAAAUAAGAUUUAUUGGGCUUGACGUUGAUUUUGCUUUUGCUACUAUUCAUGCAUGUUAUUUGGCAAGUGGUGGUAUCUGUUCAUUAUUCCUUUUCUGGAUGCAGCGAAGUUUCAAUCGUUUAAGCAAAAUUGUAAUACAACAAGUAGGCGCAUAUGAUCCGGAUUUCCAUCAAGCUGCACGAAUCCACAAAAUGUGUAAAAUGAUGAAAUUAAAUAAUGAUGAAGAAAAGAGCUUGUCGAAUAUUAUUCUGUUUUUGAUUCACCUCUACGUAGCAUUUCUGACGCAAUCAGCGUUAAUGAGUUGGUCAGUAUUUUUCGUACUGCCUUGUAACAUCCUUGCAGCGUGCGUUGAUGCAUUUGCUGAGGAUAUGCAUCGCGAUGGAAUUGAAAAAGAUGAUAAAUGGACCAAUACUGAAGCGGUCGCUCUCGUAAUGCAUUACAAACAUCGUUAUCGUGGUUUGAAAAAAGCAGCCGACGUAAUAGAAGAGCAAUUUAAAUUUGCUAUAGCUUACGUCGAUGCAUUAUGUUUCACAGAACUGUGCUUUAUUCUUUAUACUUAUUUGCAAGACAAAAGCAAAGAUAAAACGUGGAUUGAUAUGGCAUUAUGUGCUUCAUAUGCUGUUAAUUCGGUAUUUCACAUGACACUGUUCACAGCACCUGCCUAUCGCCUCUACGAACGAGUGAGAUAG